UCGUUACGGGACGAGCAAGUUUUGCAUUGGGCAUUGGCGGGUAGCAAACGAGACAAGGUAAAACAAAAUUCGGUUGAGAUUACCUACAUAAACAAUACCAAAUACAAAUUUAGGAAGACGAAAUAGUCAACCCGGAGUCCGGUUCAUCUUCUUCAAUUCAUUUCAAUAUUUCCCCAGAUUACACUACACCUACACCGUCCCUACAUGGUCCAAGCUACUUUACCCAUCUAGGAGCUUUGAGGCGACGUACAAUACCUCCUUGAAAUAUGCCGGAGGACGACCACAAUUUUCAAACACUUAACUCUGUUUCCCCUUUACUCGCCCAUCCUUACAGCAAAAUGCCAGAACAUAGCUCUCCGCCUUUCCAAACCCUCCAAAGCAGUAAAUUCAAGCCUAGCCUUGUCGUCGUCGGUUCCUAUGCAUUCGACUGGAUAAUACUCAUCGUUGUUGGUGUAAUUGGCGUGGUGCUGGGUAAUAUUACACCGAACAAGAGACCCUUCAGCUUACAGGACCCGAACAUAUCCUUUCCCUUCACCCAGCACGAGACCGUAACCUCUGCGAUUCUCUUGAUCUGUAACGCCGUCAUACCUAUCGUUAUCAUCCUGAUCGUCGUUCUCCUUUUCGUACCCGGCCCUACUGUCCCCGAAGGCACCCCGAGAGCUUUAAUAUGGAGGCGAAAGCUAUGGGAAUUACACACGGGAUGGCUAGGCCUGGCUUUGGCUCUUAUCUCGGCGUGGAUCAUUACCCAGGGCAUGAAGAACCUUUUCGGAAAGCCGCGACCAGAUCUCCUGUCUCGAUGCCAGCCCGAUAUUGCGAACGUCGCUAACUACAUUAUCGGUUUCCAUACCCCUGCUGAUGACGGUACACUAGAUGGCGCCUAUAACGGCCAACUAGUUAGCGCGGAUAUUUGCAAAAACCCGGAUCGCGGUCUACUCGACGACGGAUUCCGUAGUUAUCCCUCCGGACACGCUAGCUCUGCUGCUGCAGGAUUGAUCUACCUUUCGUUCUUCCUAGCUAGCAAGUUUGCGAUUACUUUCCCAUUCGUGCCACAGCAUUCGUCGGGUAACACAGGCGUGGUCACCGCAUUCCCGUCGCGACUACGCAACGGCGCCAUCGAUACGUCCUACGAAGCUGUUCGAAACAACCUCGACCUCGAUCGAUCUGUCUCCCCCGACCCAUCGGCAGUGAAGCAGAUUGGGGCCCACACCUCUACCGUACUCUCUAUCCGCCGACAAGCAGCCGCGCCUCCUCUAUACCUACUUCUCCUAACUGUUCUUCCUUUCUUCACUGCUAUCUUUAUCGCGAGUUCACGUUGGUUCGACUUCCGACAUCAUGGAUUCGAUAUCCUAUUCGGUUUCAUAAUCGGUACGAUCACGGCUUACUUCGCAUUCCGAUACUACCACCUACCAAUCCGAGCUGGCGCCGGAUGGGCUUGGGGCCCGCGAAGCCAUGACAAGGCAUUCUGGGCAGGUCUAGGCUCGUGGAGUUACGCGACAGAUCGCAAGCAUUGGGUGAAAGCAGGCGACGAGGCGGAGCGGAUGCCAGGCCAGCGCGCAGAGGAUAUCGAAAUGGGCGUGCGAUUUAGAUCGAAGGCAGACGACCACCUACGUGCAGAAAGUUCGGGAACUACUGCAAUUGGAGAAGAACGGGUAUAAAGGACAAAUAGGGAGGCAUUUUCUUUUCGUCAUCGGUAAAAAGGCGUUAUACCACCAUAAAUAGGUGUCAUAUGCGGUGUUUUUAUAAACGGAAGGGCAAUCUGCACUUGUAAAUACAUCUGAGUGCGCAUAGGCGGGACAUAGGACAUAGGGAAAGCUGGCUGGGAUAUAGCCGGCAAACGAAUUCGAGAUAGUUGACUUCUUAUAGUCACUUUAUAUGGUCAGGACUGUUUGCUGCUACUUG